UUGUCAAACUUAGUUACCGAAAAAUCGUAUCGGGAAUCGAUCUUGUUCUCUAAUCGUUUUUCUUUCAAUUUUCUUUUUUUAAUAAAAAAUGGCACCAACACCUGUUCAAAUUGAGACACACACUCCCAAAGAGUUGGAAUUGAUGGCCAAAGUAAAAGCACUCGAAGAAGAUCGAAUAAAAUUCAUUGAAAUUGUUCGUGGCAAAGUUAAAAAAUUGGAAAAUGAACUUGAGUCAAAAGUCGAGGAGAAUGUACGUUUGGUGGAACGAAACAAAGAGCUUGAAAGUAUAUUGAAAGAUCUCUCGGCAUUCAGUGGCAAAUCGAAGAACAAGACCGAUGACGAAGAUACACUCAUUCGUGCCAAAGAAUUGUUGUUUGAGAAGACGAAAAUUUGUAAAAAACAAGAAUUACAAUUGGAAGCAUUGAAUACUCAAAUCGAAGCAAAUAAAGAUGUCUUGGACAUUACGAGAGACAUGCUGAAUUUGAAGAAUAUCGAGAACGACCACAUGCAAUCACGUUUGGAUUCAAUGAAAUUGCGAGUAAAGAGCGAAAAUGAUCGAUACCUUCUUACGGAGAAGAAACUUAAUUUGGCCAAACAAAAAGAAACAUCACUCACAAAGGAGUACGAGACACAACGGAACAUUUUUAAAGACCUAAAAGAAACGUACGAGGCGAAAAUCAAUAUUUUGACCAAACAAGUGGAGACCCUAAAGCAGAAAUAAUAAAGUGAUCCAAAGACGAUUGAUAAAUUUGAAAGCUUUUCUUCACUUGUAAUUUAUUGUUAAUUGUUUUAAACGAGAAAAAAAUACAUUAGCUACAUAAUAGUUUUCAAUAAAUCGAAUAAAUUUAUGUGUUUA